UUAACAUGUCUCAAACCUCGAAUCUUUCUAGAUCUUAGUCGAUUAAUCGCAUACGACUGUUUUUACUCGAGAAUUUUUGAGCUACUCACAGCAUCUGAAUCUUAACCACGCUCAUUUGGAAGAGAUAUCAGCAUUCCCCAUAUACGUGCGUUCGUGACGCUCCUCCAACCACUCCAUUCAUCAUAGGUCGCAAAGGCAAAGCGGCGCACUGGCGCAACCACAACGACAACGACUACGGCUACGACGACGACUAUAGCUUCCAAGGUCGCGGAACAGGCAAAGGACAAGGCAAGAGCAAGGGAAAAGGAAAAGGCAAGGGGAAAGGAGGAAGAUACCACAAGAUGGGACAAGAGCAAUCAGCGCCCGAAGUCGACCCCUCGACGCCCCCGCGGACGCUCUCGUCGCGGACGAUCGAAGCCGUCGCGGAGCUCAUAACGUCGGGCAAGGCGCGCAAGAUCGUGGUCAUGACGGGCGCGGGCAUCAGCACGUCGGCGGGGAUCCCAGAUUUCCGGUCGCCGGACACGGGGUUGUAUGCCAACCUCGCGCGGCUGGAUCUCCCCUUCGCGGAGGCGGUGUUCGACAUCAAUUUCUUUCGCAAGUCGCCUGAGCCGUUUUACACGCUGGCGCAGGAGCUGUAUCCGGGGAGGUAUAGACCGACGGUGACGCAUUCGUUCAUUCGGUUGCUGUGGGAGAAGGGGUUGCUGUUGAAGUUAUUUACGCAGAAUAUCGAUUGUUUGGAGCGGGAGGCUGGCGUGCCGGAUGAGGUGAUUGUUGAAGCACAUGGCAGUUUUGCGAGACAAAGCUGCAUAGAAUGCAAAACCGCCUACCCCAAAGACCUGAUGACACGCGCCAUAUCCAGCAAAUCCGUCCCGCGGUGCGGCUCCCGGAACUGCCCCAACGCGUCCACAGGCGGCGGCCUCGUGAAGCCGGAGAUCGUCUUCUUCGGCGAGGCGCUGCCGUCCUCCUUCUUCGACAACAAGCACCUUCCCUCCGAGGCGGACCUGUGCAUCGUCAUGGGGACGAGUCUUUCGGUGCAACCGUUCGCGUCGCUGCCGCAGUGGUGUGCGGAGGGGACGCCCCGCGUGCUGAUCAAUCAGGAGGCGGUUGGGGGGUUGGGAUCGCGGGCGGACGAUGUUGUGGUUUUGGGAGAUUGCGAUGGCGGGGUGAGGAAGUUGGCGGAAGCGCUUGGGUGGGGGGAGGAGUUGGAGGCGCUGUGGGCGGAGACGGAUGAGGAGGGCAAGGGAGGUAAGGCGGAGAAGGAGGAGAGGAAGAAGACAAGGGACGAGGUGUUGCAGGAUGAGGUGGAUAAGUUGACGAGGGAGGUCGAGGAGAGCUUGAGGUUGAGGGAUCGGCAGGUGGAGUGGUUGGAGGGCCAUGUCGAUGAGAGGAUUGCGAGGAAGAGAGAUGAUGAGGAUAAGACUGAGGAUACUGCCGCUGCCGCUGAUCCUGCUCCUGCUGUUACUGAUGCUCCUACCCCUUCGGCUGCUGCUCAUACCACCACAUUAACACCAACAAGCACAACAACACCCACUGUCGACGGGAGCAGUAAUGGCACCUCUUUGAGUCACGUCUUCCCACAUCUCUCAUCGACAUCAUCCUCCUCUUCGACUUCAGCUCCCAAAAAGCCGUCAUCCUCACUCUAAAGACAAACAAGCCAAACAAAGACAAUAAGACAUAGAGUGGAGAGUCCGGUAGAUAGAUGAAUGAUACCAAUGAUACCAACG